GCUGCCGCCGCCGCGCCGCGGUUUGAGGGCGGGAGGCUGGGGGAGGGUAGCGGAGCCGGCGCAGCCGCCAUGUUGGCUCUGAGGCGGCUGCUGUGAGGUGCCGAUUGAGCGGGCGGGCGUGCGGAGCGGCGAGCGCAGCGCGGGAUCUGCCUGAGUGCAAGCGACGAGCGACGGCGGCGACGCCAUGAGCGGGGGCACUCCUUAUAUCGGCAGCAAGAUUAGCCUCAUCUCCAAGGCGGAGAUCCGCUACGAGGGCAUCCUCUACACCAUCGACACCGAGAACUCCACGGUAGCCCUCGCCAAAGUUCGAUCCUUCGGUACAGAAGACAGACCAACAGACCGUCCAAUACCACCUCGAGAUGAAGUCUUUGAGUACAUUAUAUUCCGGGGGAGUGAUAUCAAAGACCUCACUGUUUGUGAGCCUCCAAAACCACAGUGUUCUUUGCCUCAGGACCCGGCUAUUGUUCAGUCCUCACUAGGUUCAUCAUCAUCUUCAUUCCAGUCGGUGGGUUCCUAUGGACCUUUUGGCAGGAUGCCAGCAUACAGUCAGUUCAGUCCAAGCACAUUGGUUGGACAGCAGUUUGGCGCUGUUGGUGUUGCUGGAAACUCCUUGACAUCCUUUGGAACAGAAGCAUCAAAUAGCAGUACCUUAUCCCAGAGCAGCACAGUUGGUUCUGCCUUCGCACAAGAUACAAGAUCUGUAAAACCACAGCUAGCCCAAGGUCGAUCAAGCCCUCAGUUAGACCCUUUGAGAAAAAGUCCAACCAUGGAACAAGCAGUACAGACCGCCUCGGCCCACUUACCUGCUCCAGCACCUGUUGGGAGAAGGAGCCCUGUACCAACCAGGCCUUUGCCAUCUACCAGCCAGAAAGCAAUAGACAACCAAGAGCACAGGCGAGCUGAAGUACACAAAGUCCCAAGGCCAGAAAAUGAGCAGCUCAGAAAUGAUAGCAAGAGGCAAAUAGUUCCAGGUGUUCCUUCUGUUCCAAGGAGAGGACGUGGGGGCCAUCGAGGUGGCAGGGGAAGAUUUGGUAUUCGUCGAGAUGGUCCGAUGAAAUUUGAGAAAGACUUUGACUUUGAAAGUGCAAAUGCACAAUUUAACAAGGAGGAAAUCGACAGAGAGUUUCAUAAUAAACUUAAAUUAAAAGAUAAACUUGAGAAACAAGAGAAACCUGUAAAUGGUGAAGAUAAAGGAGACUCCGGAGUUGAUACACAGAACAGUGAAGGAAAUGCUGAUGAAGAAGAUCCUCUUGGACCCAACUGCUACUACGACAAAACUAAAUCCUUCUUUGACAACAUUUCCUGUGAUGAUAAUAGAGACAGGAGACCAACGUGGGCUGAGGAGAGAAGGUUAAAUGCUGAGACGUUUGGGAUCCCGCUUCGUCCUCAUCGUGGCCGUGGGGGCUACCGAGGCCGAGGGGGCCUUGGCUUCCGUGGUGGCAGGGGACGUGGCAGUGGCCGAGGAGGGACCUUCACUGCCCCUCGAGGUUUUCGUGGUGGAUUCAGAGGUGGUCGUGGAGGCAGGGAGUUUGCAGAUUUUGAAUAUAGGAAAACCACGGCUUUUGGACCCUAAAAGGUCUGGAUUGGUCAUACUGCUUUCUGAAAGAAAGACAACAAAGUUGCUGCAUAGUCUACAAACAAGUCUUUGAAAAUAGGUGACUCCUAGCUCUUCCUGGUCCUGGAAAGUGGUUUCGGUCUUUGUGAAGAAUGAAGAAGUGAAGUUGCUGUCUGUCUGUCACCAGCUCUGGGUUUAUCUGUUUGUUUUUCUGCUUCAUUUCAAAGCUACACUGCAGUUGCUUUGGGGCAGAAAGGCUUGACAAGAGCAUAAGUGUGUGUGGAGUAGCAGGAGGUCAUGGUCCUUGCUUAGAGUCGAACUCCAGCGAGCUGAGUGGAACUGCUAAGUGUUUUCUCAUCACUGAAAGGAUUUUCUUAUCACUAAUUAAUUGUAUUCAGUGAUUACUUCGAGUUGCCUGCAGAUAGGCCGUGAUACUGUGUUUUGAGCCACAGAAGGUUGUGUGUGUGUGCGUGCGCGCGUGUGUGUGUGUGUGUGUGUCUGUAUCUUUUCCUUUCUUUUUGGAGAUUCUGUAAUAUGAGGUAGCUUAUUUCGACACUUAAUUAGGGUGCUGGAUGGUAGAGAAUUUUGUCACUCAACUAUGUACACACAGGUAAAUACUGUUUCUUAGGCAAAGGUAACUUUUUUAUAUAGUUGUAAAAUUCCAUUAUAUUCCAUUGCCAAAGAAACAUUAAGAACUUUGUAUAGCUGUAUAAAAAGCAACUAAUUUUUUAAAAAAAUAAACGUUUAAAGUCAGCAAACAUACGUGUCCUUGCAGAAGUCGGUGUGCUGAGGAGUAGGACUGUGGGUGGGUCCUUUCCCCCUUGCUUUCCAGGCUUAAAAGGUUUUGAUUUUUUUUUUUUAAUGUUUGGAACAUAAAUGAAGAUUUGAUAAUUUUAUUCCAUUAUCUAAAAAGGAUAAAUUAUUCGUGCAUAGUGUAUGGACUUCAUUUUGUAGCAAAUCAUAGAAUUUGUCCAAAUAACAGAUAUUUUCAGUGUAUGAAUGUAAAUAAUCAUAAAUGAGAAUGUACCUCGCUGUAUUUUCAAAUAAGUAACUUUCCCCCUUUGUAAGACAUUAAGACUGGCAUCAGUUGACCUGUUCCUCCUGCUAUGCCUGGAAUUCUGUUGCGAUGACACUGACUCCUGUUUUACUUCAAGAAGAUGGAGUUUUCAGAACCAUCUUGCACCUGUAAAACAUCACUAACACAGUCUGUGGGCCUGUGACCCACUGAUGACUCCAUGUACACGUUUGUUGCUAACUGUAAAUUACUAAUCUUUUUUGAUAUUUAAGCUAUAGUGAAAAAGAUCUGGCCACUUUGUGUUUUUGACGAAGGCCAUGGAAUAAAGGGAUCCAAAGAUUUGAUUACUUUUAUCUACUUUGAUUCUUGUUACCUUUCAGUAGUGAUAAAGGUGUGGGAAAUUGUACUGUAGGAGAAUCAGACUAAGUGUUGUUGGAGGAGCGGGCUGCGUCCCACCACCUGGCUAGCUUAACCCCCAAAAUAAUCAUACAGAAAUUGUAUUAAUUAAAUUACUGCUUGGCCCAUAAUAA